GAAAUAUACGGGUUUCUAAAUUCGUUACAAAUAACGAAGCUACGAUUGGCUGAAUGCCAGCAUUCUAUAUAACAUGGACUUCGUCGAAAGUUUUUUUAACACAUAUAAUUCCUAGUUAUCUCUUUUUAAGACUUUUAUCUUUUGCAAUAAUUAAUGAAAAAAAUUUGAUUAUGUAUUCGGACCAAUAUAAAUUCGAUCAAAAAAUACUUAAUUUUUGUUUAAACAGGGCAAAAACGAUUCUAUCUAAAUACGGUAACAGGAAAUGACAUUUGUGUUAAAGAUUGAACGUGUACUUCCUUUUCAACGUAUACACAUGAUCGUGGAUGUAAUAAAGACGUUAAAUACGUCAUUGUCUUGCUUUUUUUAACCUCCCUUACGUCAUGCUGGUAGCGCGCAAUACGUAAAAAUUUCAAAAGAUCUUUCCCGUACUGUCAAGAAUAAGUACCGGAGUGUAUAUACGUUGUAAAAGCUAAAGACAUCGUUAGUAGUGAAAAUGUCGCGUCAAGUUAGAUAAGAGCGUAGAAUAUUUGAUAAUGAUCGUGACGUAAAUCACCUGACUUUCAAACUUGGGUAUAGACAAGAGACAGAUUUUUUUCCUCUUCUUGUACCUUGUACAAGAUUUUUAUUAAAAAAAUUUUAAUUUCGGUAUGAUCUUUUUGUAUCUUUCCAUAAGCGUAACGUCCGAGCUGUAUUAUGUUUCCAUAUUGAUCGCGUUCAGUUAGCAACUUCUUUUAUGAAGCGCAACGAUAUGAACAAAUACGUUAUAUAAAUUUUCUAUUCAUUCGAGCAUAUAAUUACGUGUAUCUCUCUGUGUACAUUGAACUGAAUAAAUUGAAGAAGGAAAAUUCUUUUUUUUAUUUCCUUACUAAUGUAUGUAAUAUUCCAUUCAUUACUCAUUAUUUUACUGAGCAUGUGCAAUUCAAAUUCCUGAUGAGACAUAUCUCUUUGAUGCUGACUAAGGCACAACCAUAUUGAUUAUAUUUUAUUUCAAAAAGACAAUAAAAACAGUGAAUAGAAUAUUUGGAAGAAGUUUCCUUUUACCUACAGAAAUUUAUAAUCUAUUUUUUUCUUUCAGAAUAAUUACGACCACAAUGAUUAUCCUUCUUGUGAAAAAAUAUUCUGGUUUAAGUUACAUUUCACAAUUACUGCUACGAUCACAACCUGUUUUUUCCUUUCAGUAUUGUGGAUAUGUUCAUGAUGUAAAGUUAAACGUUACUAAUGGUCCUAUUGGAGCUUUGAAAGAAAAAAUAUAUAAAAAAGAAUUAAUGAAUGAUGAAUGCAAAUGGUUUGGAUGGAAAAAAAAGGAUCCACCAAAAGGGUUAUAUCUUUAUGGUGCUGUUGGUGGUGGUAAAACAAUGUUAAUGGAUCUUUUUUAUAAUUGUUGUCAGAUUCAAAGUAAGAAACGUGUACAUUUUCAUUCCUUCAUGCUUGACGUGCACAAGAAAGUUCACGAGGUUAAGAAAACUAUAGUGAGAAAUACUAAUAGUACUAAACUUCAACCGUUUGAUCCAAUACCACCGGUAGCUGCUGCUAUUACAGAAGAAGCUUGGUUAUUAUGUUUCGAUGAAUUUCAGGUGACAGAUAUUGCAGAUGCAAUGAUAUUGAAACGAUUAUUUACUGAAUUGUUCAAUAACGGUGUGAUUGUUAUUGCAACAAGCAAUAGAUCGCCCGAUGAUUUGUACAAGAAUGGAUUACAAAGAGGAAAUUUUAUACCUUUUAUAAAAAUCUUAAAAGACCACUGUUUCGUUGAAACAUUAGAUUCUGGUGUUGACUAUAGGUCGAGGGCUGGGUCUGGAGAUAAUAAAAUAUAUUUUAUAAAAGGGAAAGAUGUUGUAAAAGAUGUUGAUAAUGUUUUCAAAUAUCUAUGCUCAAAAGAAAAUGAUAUUGUAAGACCACGCACAAUUUCUAUAAAAGGUCGUAAUGUAAAUUUUCAAAAAACUUGUGGUAGAGUUCUGGAUUCAACAUUUGAUGAAUUAUGCGAUAGGCCUAUUGGUGCUAGUGAUUACUUGGAACUAAGUCAGAUUUUUCAUACAGUGAUAAUAAGAGAUGUUCCACAACUAAAUCUUCGAUUAAAAUCUCAAGCAAGAAGAUUUAUUACUUUGAUCGAUACAUUAUAUGACAACAAGGUAAGAGUUGUGAUAUCUGCUGCAGUACCACAUACACAAUUAUUUGUAGCAGAAGGUGAAAGCGAAUAUACGGAUGAUAAACGAAUGUUAAUGGAUGAUUUGAAGAUUUCACAUGAUUCUGCUGAUCAUAAGUCUAACAUUUUUACUGGCGAAGAAGAACUUUUUGCUUUUGAUCGUACCAUAUCCCGAUUAUCAGAAAUGCAAACAUCUCAAUACUGGGAACGAUGGGAACAACAUAGAUAAUGAUAGUCUCACUUUAGUACAAAUGAUUUUAGUAGUAUUUUAUAGUAUUUUAUUUGAACUAAUUAUGGUACAAAUUGUUUUAAUGAUUCAUAUCCUUUAUAUCAAAUGACUUAAUGGUACCUGGUUUCUUAAAUAUUAUUUUAACAUUAUUAACAAAGAGCUCAAAUAGACUUGUUAAUUUAUGUAUUAUUUAUUCUUAACUUAUAAUAAUAUAUUUAUAACAUGUAUAUAUGACUGAAUGUUACCAAGGUUGUUAAAAAGAAUAUUAAAAUGCGAUUUUUUUUUUUAUAUAUUAAGAGUUGCCUAUGUACGAACAAAUUUGGAAUAGAAAUUGUUCUACGUUUUACGUCA